UCUAACAAGAAUACAAAUGCACUUUCCCGCUUGCUCCUACAAUCACCGAGCUCCACAAGGGAAGUUGCUUUUGGCAACACUAUUCCACUAUUAGGAAUGGUUGAUGAUAGCUCGGGUCAACAUUUGUCUUUCUCUAUAUCAACCAUGGAGGCAGCUCCAGCAUGAGGUGCUGAACUUUGAUGCAGAGAUGUUUUUUUGGAGCUGUGUAUUAUUUCUCUGGCUCAGAGUGUCAUCUGCUAAUGCUGGGGAAUGGAGCGCUAAAAUUCCAGAAUCAGUGGUGGGUUUGUCUGGAUCAUGUGUGCUGAUUCCCUGUAGGUUCAGCUACCCUGCAAAUGGAGAAACAUACACAGAAUUUACAGGGAUUUGGUACAAAGAAUAUUCAGCAGUGGUAUACCAUACGGACACUUCAAAAAUCAUCACCUCGUUCAAAGGUCGCAGUAGUCUCUUUGGUGAUUUGCGCCAAAAUAACUGUUCUUUGAAAAUCAGCUCUUUGAGCAGCAGUGACGCUGGGUCAUUCAUGUUCCGGAUUGAGAUUAAAGAUCUGGGCAAGUACUCCUAUGGUGAGAAAGUAUCAAUAUCUGUGAAAGAAACACCAGAGAAUCCUACCGUCUCUGUGGAAGAAGAAGUGACAUCAGGGAAACUGGUGAAUGCUACCUGUGCCGUGUCUCAUUCCUGUCCAUCAGACCUGCCUCGUGUCACCUGGAGCCAUGAUGGCAAACAAUCGAGUCCAUCACAGCCACAGAAUCAUGGUCAAUGGAACCUUACAUAUUACAGCCUGACCUUCACUCCUUCUAGAGAAGACCACAACAAACAUCUCAGCUGCUCUGCAGAGUUUAACGGGAAGAAGGUGACAGGAUACAAAACACUCAAAGUUAAAUAUCCUCCAUAUAAUGUAAGCGUGGUCACUAAAUCCUCAGUGAAGGAGAAUGACUCUGUGGAACUGAUCUGCUCCAGUGACAGCAAUCCUCUUGCGAACAGCUACCAGUGGUUCAGCUUGAAUGGGACGAUGUUAGCAAAGAGCCCUACUUACAAACUGGAGAGAGUGUCUCGACAUACUGAGGCCAUUUCCUGUACAGCCUUUAACACAGAAGGAAAAAACAGUUCUGGUCCACAGAAAAUUAAAGUCCUGUAUCCUCCAUAUAAUGUAAGCGUGGUCACUAAAUCCUCAGUGAAGGAGAAUGACUCUGUGGAACUGUCCUGCUCCAGUGACAGCAAUCCUCCUGCGAACAGCUACCAGUGGUUCAGCUUGAAUGGGACGAUGUUAGCAAAGAGCCAUACUUACAAACUGGAGAGAGUGUCUCGACAUACUGAAGCCAUUUCUUGUACAGCCUUUAACACAGAGGGAAAAAACAGUUCUGGUCCACAAAAACUUAAUAUAUUGUAUCCUCCUGAGAUUAAAAGUGAAUCUUCUUGUCAGUCUAAGAUUUUGACGGUUUGUGUCUGUAUUGUGGACUCCAACCCUCUCAGUGACGUCAAGUGGUUUGGUCCAAAUUCCUCGAAAGACUUCUCCAGCACCAGCAUUAAACAAAACGAGUCUCUUACCAUAUUCACCUUACAGGGUUGGUUGGGUUUCCCUGAGACUAUCCUGUGCUUUGCCAAUAACAGUCUGGGAAGCUCUUCCAUAACUUUGGAAGCUCCUCAAAAUGUAAUCAUAAUAUACAUUGCUGUUGCAUCAGCUGUUGUGGUCGUUUUAGCCUGUAUUUUAGUGUAUGCUGUGAGAAGACGCUGUGGGAAGAGAUCUGCACAUCUACCUCUAAUGAAGAAUGAGCAGAAUGAAAUGAAAACAACCCAAAACAAGUCUGAUUUAGAAAACAGUAAAGAAGAGAAAGGCAGUGAUGGGGAUAUUUACACAAAUUGCCCGAAAGAUCGUGUUUAUGACAACUGCGGGCAUGAUGUGAGACCAGUCUCAUCUGACCGAGCCCUGGAAGAUGAAGCAGUCUACGCUAACACAUGAAGAUAAGAACACAUGUCGUCCUACUAGAAAUGACAUACAGAGAAAGACCAAAGACCUUUUGUAGAUCUGAUAUGCACAGAAUAUUUUCAGAGCCAAAAAGGUCUUGCAACUGAGAAAAACAUACUGUGUGUGAAUCAAAUACAUUAAAGGUUUUAAUAUAUAAAGAAUAAAGACAAAAUAUAUUUAUAUUUACAUAUAGUUAAGAUACAUGCUAAGACAUUUACAAAUGAGGAAAAUAGAAGCAAUCUAGAGCAACAAAAGAGCAAUAUUAUAAAAUAUGUAUAGUACUAUUGAGUUUGAAAUGUCAUUCCAAGUUCAAAGCCGAUUCCAAAAAAGUUGGGACACUGU